AAGCGGGCCGAAUUCAGGUGACAGACUCCCGAAGUUGCUUGUGUGCGAUUCCAGAACUCCACGAUUCCACAUCUAAAUAAGAUCAAUCUAUAAAAACUCGAAGAAAAUGAGGGAGAUCAUCAAUGUUCACAUCGGUCAAGCUGGAGUUCAGAUGGGAGCAUCGUGCUGGGAACUCUACUGCCUCGAGCACGACAUAAAACCCGACGGACAUCUCGACGCUCAAGCCACGGGUCCCUCGGAUUCUAGUUUCGACACGUUCUUCAGAGAAACGAAUGGCGAUCGCUACACACCGAGAGCCCUAUUCGUGGACCUGGAACCUACAGUCAUCGACGAGAUAAAGACCGGGACCUACCGACAACUAUUUCAUCCGGAAAGUCUGAUCACGGGAAAGGAGGAUGCUGCCAAUAACUACGCGCGAGGACACUACACAAUCGGCAGAGAAAUCAUCGAUAAAACGAUGGACAAGCUCCAAAAAAUGGUCGACGAUUGCGAUGGUCUGCAGGGCUUUCUGGUUUUCCACUCUUUCGGCGGGGGCACAGGAUCUGGGUAUACGUCGCUCCUCAUGGAGAAGAUAUCUGAGGAGUUUGCACGGAAGUGUCGCCUCGGCUUUGCCAUAUAUCCCGCGCCGCAAGUCUCGACGUCUGUGGUCGAACCGUACAACUCCGUGCUGAUGAUGCACACAACCCUCGACUAUUUCGAUUGUGUCUUCAUGAUGGACAACGAGGCCAUAUACAACAUCUGCAAACGUAAUUUGGACGUGGAGAAACCCUCGUACCAGAGCUUGAAUCGCCUAAUAAGCCAAGCGGUGUCGGCCAUCACGACGUCCCUCCGAUUCUCCGGCGCCCUGAACGUCGAUCUGAACGAAUUCCAAACGAACUUGGUCCCGUACCCCCGAAUCCAUUUCCCUCUGGUGGGCUACGCCCCCAUCGUAUCCGGAGACAGGUCGCACCACGACCAGCACAGCGUGCUCAGCAUAACGAAUGCUUGUUUCGAACCGCAGAAUCAACUCGUGGUUUGCGAUUCGACCCGGGGAAAAUUCAUGGCCUGCUGUCUUCUGUAUAGAGGCGACGUAGUGCCGAAAGACGUCAACGCGACCAUCGCCAGCAUCAAGAAGAGGAAAACGAUCCAAUUCGUAGAUUGGUGCCCGACGGGAUUCAAGGUCGGAAUCAAUUAUCGACCACCCUCGGUUAUCCCCGGCGGAGAUCUCGCUAAAGUUCCCCGAGCCAUAACCAUGCUGUCAAACCAUACAGCCAUUUCAGAAGCCUGGGUGAGACUGAACAACAAAUUCGAUCUAAUGUACGCGAAAAGAGCUUUUGUGCAUUGGUACGUCGGAGAAGGAAUGGAGGAGGGAGAAUUCCCCGAAGCCCGAGAAGAUUUGGCGGCUCUGGAGAAAGAUUACGAAGAAGUCGCUAUGGACGGAGACGGGGAAGCCCGCACAGGAGACGGAGAGGAAACCGAAUUUUAAAUCAUCAAAGCUGAAUCAGGUUCCGCGGACUUCCCACAUCGACGCUCGAAUUCCAGCGUUUUAAUCGAUUUUUACCCACGGGCAAAUGGGUCUUCUGGAAAACAUUUUUCCGUAUUGUGAAGGAGGCUAUCCUGUACGGAUUUGACGGUUGAAGAGAAUAAACUCUCGGCUGACGAGAGCCGUCACGGUGUCACUCAACGAGGCGGAGACUAACGAGCUGGAAAGCCUCCGGAGAACGGAAGGAAACUGCAUCAUUGUGCGUGACUCUGCUCAAAUGUUUGGCUUUUUGGAUUGGGCACGGAAAUAUAAUAGUUUUCA